AAGCGCAAAAGCUUGAGCUUGAAGCUUUAAAACGCGUCAGCGUCCACGUCAAAGCUCAAGCACUCACAGCUCACAGCAAGUCGUCGCCAACGCAAGCAGCAGCAGCACGAUGGCACGGAGGUAUGAUUCUCGUACGACAAUCUUCAGUCCAGAGGGACGGCUGUAUCAGGCAAGCCCAAUCGCUUAUUCGAUCAAUGCGGGUCUUAGCAAAGUGUCGAUAGGUCGAAUAUGCUAUGGAAUCAGUCUCGCAUGCAGGAUGCAUUGUCGGCAUCCUUGCACCAGGAAAGGGAAGCAAGCAGGCGGAAGAUAUGCUCAAGGCAAGACCGUCCUGAGGAUCGCCUUGCCUGAGCGAAGCUCACCCCGCAGCGGACAGGCCACAGAGAAGAAGACGGCAGAUUCGACCGUCUCCAGUGCUGCAGCGGCUGCAGCUACAGCACCCGUAGCGUCUACUUCAAGCCCUGCAGCACCUACGAAAUCGACCGAUGAAGAUAUUGCAAUGAAAGAUGAGUCGACAGAGGGCAGACCAGUCAGGCGAGGAGUCAUCUUGGCGGCAGAGAAGCGGGUGACGAGCAAACUACUCGACAAAGAAGCUGGCGGUGGCAGGGAGAAGAUUUUUGGCAUCAAUUCAAACAUCAUUGCAGCCGUCGCCGGUAUCACCGCAGAUGCAAACUCACUUGUCAACUUCUCUCGUAACGCUGCUCAAGGUCAUCUCGCCUCAUUUGACGAAGACAUGCCCGUCGAGCAUCUCGUCAAGCGGGUCUGCGAUCUCAAGCAAGGCUAUACGCAGUACGGAGGUUUGAGGCCGUUUGGUGUGUCUUUCCUGUUUGCUGGCCACGAUCCCCAUUACGAGUUUCAGCUGUACGCAUCCGACCCGUCAGGCAAUUAUACCGGUUGGCGAGCGCACUGUAUCGGCGCCAAUGCUAGUACUGCGCAGAGUCUACUAAGACAGGACUACAAAGGCGACAUGAACCUCGACGAAGGCCUCGAACUCGCCGUCAAGGUUCUCAGCAAGACCAUGGACAGCACCACACUUGACAGCGAGAAGGUCGAGAUAGCGACUGUCCAGCUCGAUGAAAAUGGCAUGCCGACGGUGCAUGUAUUGCUAGCUACCGAAAUCGAUGCUCUUCUAAGACAGCACGGUCUCGCCAAGGUAGCAGAAUCAACCGACGAGCCAACUGUGGCCUGAUCGUACAAGUGCAACACUUUGCAGUAUCGAUGCCGUUGCUACUCUUCCACUGUCUGCAGUUCCUGAGAGCACAUCAGAACGUAUAGACAAUCUCCGUGACGAGUGCGCGGAUAUCUCCCGCUCGCCGCGCACUCGUGUCCAGGAC